AACCUCGUCACUCUUGCCACACUUACAGCUCCCACCGUCCCACGAUUCCCCAGGAGGAGGAGGAGGAGGAGGAGGAGGAGGAGGCGGAGGAGGAACCACCUUCCUCCAUCAGAUGCACAUCCCAGGGUUCAUUAGGAGAGUUUCUGCAGCAGCUCAGGGGCCUUCAACGAUCUCCGUCUCCAUGCAAACUCAACACUCCCUGCAUCAAUGAGCUCCACCUGAGCCGAACCCUGCUGGAUUCACUUUGACGUUUAUAUUCUGGGAACUCUUCGUCCACAAUGCGGUGGGGAUUUGGACUCUCGCUGCUCUUUGUCCUCGCUCUGCAAGCCUCUGGAAUUAAAGAGAGCGGCCUUGGAUCGGGCUCGGCGGUGAAAUCAAAGGCCGUCGGCUCCGUUGGACGGUUGGCCAAGCUGCUGAAGACGUCCACGCAGACUGAAGGUUCAGGGUUCGAGCUGAACAGACGUCGAUCGAAGAGGUCUGUGUUUCUGCACUCCGGGGUGAGAAUCUGCCCCCAAGAGACCCUCAGCGAAGUGCUCGCCAGCCACCAGGCGUACUACCAGCUCAGAGUUUGUCAGGAGGCUGUGUGGGAGGCGUUCAGGAUCUUCUUCGACAGGAUCCCCGGGACGGCAGAGUACCAGAAAUGGGUUCACACGUGUCAACACGAGUCGCUGUGCAUCUCUGACCUCGCCAAAAACUUCAGCAGCUCCGAGGAGCACAUGAACAUGGUUCACAGGAGGAUGAACCGGAGGACAGACGGGAGGACGCCAACACGAGGAGUUGUGCCUCCUGCGCCGACACACAAGAUCUUGGAGAUAUCAGGUGCAGAAGGUCAGACUGUUGGCCCGUCACCAGCCUCGUCACCAGCCCCGUCGCUGGCCCCAUCACCUGCCCCAACAACGGCCUCAUGGCCGGCCUCCACCGGCGCCACCGUCCUCCUGAGCCCGGCUAGUGUCCCUUCAAGCCCCGGCCUCGAUGGGACCCCACCCACCGAGGAGGUAGCAGAGGACUCGGAGCUCCCUAACGUGGUCCCAGAGAGUCCGGUGGAGCAGAUCGUGGAGUUCAGUAUCGACCUGGUGGAUCCAGGUUACAGAGAGCUGCUGGACGAUCCAGACUCCCUUCAGUACAUCGACCUGGUUUACCACCUGCAGGACCAGAUGCAGCAUGUUUUUGACAAACUCCCAGGAUUCAAAGCCCUCCGUGUGCUGGGAAUCAGCGAGACCCAGGACACUGACGGGCCUGGAGGAAUCUCAGUGCACUACUCUCUCGUCUUUGAGAUCAAUUCACCUAAAGUCAACUCUGAGAAUUCAGAUACAGCGACCGGCGCCCCAGAGUCUUCAGGCAACUCUGGCCUCAGGGAAAUGGUCACCAAGGCUUUGCGGGAGGAGGCCUCGCUGCCAAUCGAUCUGGACUCACUGAAUUUCGAACCAGAAUUAAUCCUCCUACCAGCACGGACGCCAACCUUUUCAGUGGAAGUAGUGAAUGAGUCCAGUGAGCCUGAUUCACACAAUGAGUUUGAAGUUUUCACUGAUGAGCCAGAAGUUGAUAAACCUCGGCUGGUGGUUCCCCUCACCCCCAUGGAGAAGGAAAAUGCACUUGUGACCCUGCUGGAUCCCACAGCUGUCCCAGAUGAAGAGAUGACGGCUGUGACUGGUGGGAUGGCAGAGAGCAGCGAUCAUUACCCUGCCUCAGAGGAUAUUACUGAUGAGUCUGAGGCAAUUUAUGAGACUGAGCCAGAGCCAUCAAAUGAAGAAGGGGGGGAAGAAGAAUUGCUCAUCAUUACACAUGAGAUUGAAACCAUUCAUCACAACGAAACCGGUGAACUUGUGAGAGACUACAUCCCGACCCCUCCUGUGAUUCCCGAGCUAGAGACAGAUGCUCCAUAUAUCAGUUUGUCUCCAAACCUCAUACCCGAGGAAGACCUGACUCCUGUUGAUGAGUACAGCCAGAAUCCUACUUUGGAUGUUGUUACCCCCACCUCACAGAUUUUAUUAACUACAGCCCCUGCUGGAGAGGAGCUGUCUGAUUUGGGUCUCCUAAUCACAACACUUUCAGGCAUCACAGGCCAGCCGCCCACUGAGCCAACAAUGAACCUUCAAGAAGAUGAAGAAGUUAACGCUCUUCCAGAUGAGGAAGAGGAAGAAUUGGGUGUGCUUGAACCUUAUGACCCUGUUGAGGUUUUGGAAACAGAGGAUGUUUCAGAGUUGGAAACUAAAGUUGAAUUGCUAGAACCAGAGGGUGAGUUAGUUGUGGAACCUGAUGAAGAACUGCUGGAGGUUUUGCAGCCAACACCUGAACAAACUGAACUUUCUGUACCAGAGGAAGGGAAUUCAGAAGUGUCAGGACCUGAGAUAGAAACAACUGAAGUUUCAGAGCCAGAGGAAGAAGAAACUGAAGUUUCAGAACCAGAAGAAGAAGUAGCUGAAGAUUUGGAGGCAGAGGAAGAAGCAGUGGAAGAGGAAGAAACAGCUGAAGUGUCAGAGCCAGAGGAAGAAGUAGUUGAAGUUUCAGAGCCAGUGGAAGAAGUACCUGAGGAAGAAAUAGCUGAAGUGUCAGAGUCAGAGGAAGAAGUACCUGAGGAGGAAAUAACUGAAGUGUCAGAGACAGAAGAAGAAUCAGUGGUUGAAAAUCAAGACGAGAUGGCAGGUUCAGAACCAGAAGAAAUGGAACUUGAAGAGGAUUCAGAGCCAGAAGAAUCCGAAGCAGAUGAUAGUGCAGUUGAGAUUUUGAAAGAAGAAGGAGUGGAUGUUUUACAACCUCAAAAGGAAACUGUUGAAGUUACAGAAGAGGAAUCAGAAGAAGGUAUAAUUGAGGUGUCACAUCCAGGUACAGAACCUGAAAAAGAUGAUGGGGUUUCAGAUGAAGCUCCUGAAGCUGAGGAAGAGUUAGAACUCGGUGGGGAUGUAGAUGAGCAAGAGGAAGAGGUGAUUGAACCUGCCGAAUCAGAAGAAAUAAUACCUGAAGUUUCCCAAGAAACAGUACCUGAAGUUCCUAAAGAAACAGUACCCGAAGUUUCCCAGGAAACAGUGCCUGAAGUUCCUGAAGAAACAGUACCUGAAGUUUCCCAGGAAACAGUGCCUGAAGUUCCUGAAGAAACAGUACCAGAAGUUCCAGAAGAAACAAUACCUGAAGAUCCUGAAGAAACAGUACCUGAAGUUCCUGAAGAAACAGUACCUGAAGUUUCCCAGGAAACAGUGCCUGAAGUUCCUGAAGAAACAGUACCAGAAGUUCCAGAAGAAACAAUACCUGAAGAUCCUGAAGAAACAGUACCUAAAGUUUCCAACCUGGAAGCAGGGGUAGUUGAAGAAGAAGGAGUUGAUGUUGCAAAACCUGUAGAAGAAGAAGUCGCUGAGGAUCCCAAACCAGAGGAUGCCAUUGUAGAAUUAGAGGAGGAAGUGGUGGAGAUUUCAGAAGUUGUCGAAGCUCCAGUGCCAGGUGAAGGUGUUAAAGUGACAGAAACAGAAGAUGAGGAAGUUGAAGCUACAGAAUCAAAGGAGGAGUCAGAAAAGGUUUCAGAACCAAGUGAAGAAGUAGUUGAGGUUGUAGAAAUAGCCCCAGAACCAGAACCAUACCCAGAAAAAGAGACAGAAGUACCAGCUGUACCACAACCAAAGGAGGAUGUAGUUGAGGGUGAUCAUGUGGACAUAUCAGAACUGCAACUUCCACCAGAAGCAGGAGAAGAGGCAGCUGGUGUUAUUGAGGAAGAACAAGAGGAGGUAGCUGAGAAUCCAGAGGAAACAUUAGAACCAGGGGAAGGUAUAGAUCAUGUUAGAUCACCAGCAGAAGAGUUACCUGGGGUUUCAAAACCACAACCAGAAGAAGAAGUAGUAGUUGAUGUCUCAGACCCAGAAGGGGAUAGGUUUGAGAUUUUAGAACCAGAAACUGGGCAAGAUAUUACUGAGCCACCAGCUGAAUCAAUUAAAAUCCUUCGCCCCUUGGACGGAAGGAAACAUCUUCACUUUGAAGAGGAUACUGGUCAGACUGUUGAUGGCAAAGAGUUUCUUCAACCAGUCAGUCCAGACCAUCACCGGCCACAUGAGGAAGAUAACUUACUCAUCAUACCAAUAGACAUCCAGACUUCUGAGGAAGACGUAAGAGAGCCUGACCACGAAUAUCCCAUUAUCGAUGACUUUUACACCGAGGAGGAUGUUGACAGCGUAGACACACAAGUGGAGACCAACGCUGGUGCCACCACAACGACAGAAACAUCUAAAGAGGUGACAGCUCUAGGCAAGCAAGACACAUCAGAGGGCACCAAAGUCACACAAGACUUGCCGGAGGAGAUGCAAGAAAGGGAUUCAUCCCUAGAAAGAGACAUCAGUGUAACGCAAGCUCCAGUUUUGGACUCCUUCCCUACACCUCCGGCAGCUUCUGUCGAUGUGUCUGAAGUGUUCGCACCCAGCCCCACUAUAGACUCUGGACUCUUUGAGGUAGCAGAGCAAUCUGUAAUCCCUUCUGCUCCGGAGUCUUCAGAGGAUGAUAGCACAGAGCCAGAGGCAGAGUCGGAGCAAAGCGCGCCAGCCAUUGUCAUUAUCGAUGAAGACUGGGAAGAGACAGUGCAGCAAGGAGGUGAAACCCAAACCAGCCCACCGGCAGCUACUGAAGAGGUCAUUGAUGAGUCGGUAAAGGACCUGGCAGUGGAGCUGGAUCGAACGGACUUAGCAGCCACAGCUGCAAAUGAACUGCCAGACGAGGCGAGCGGCUUCCCACUCAUGGUUGAGGAACACACCACAGUCGGUGCCACAGCCCUGCCUCCAGUGAGAUACCUGACCACACCCGCCAUGACCACGGCCACCCAGGGCCGGGAGCUGGUGGUGUUCUUCAGCCUGCGCGUCACCAACAUGGACUUCUCUGAGGACCUCUUCAAUAAGACGUCUCAGGAGUACAGAUCCCUGGAGAACACCUUCUUAGACGUGCUGCUGCCAUUCCUGCAGGCCAACCUGACGGGCUUCAAGAAACUGGAGAUCCUGAACUUCAGGAAGGGCAGUGUGGUCGUCAACAGCAAGAUGAAGUUUGCCAAGUCGGUGCCGUACAACAUCACUGAGGCCGUCCACUGUGUCCUAGAGGAGUUCUGCUCCGCCGCCUCCAAGAACCUGCACAUCCAGAUCGACACCCACUCCCUGGAUGUUGAACCAGCCGAUCAGGCCGACGCCUGCAAGUUCCUGGCCUGCGACGAGUUUUCCCGCUGCAUGGUGAACGGCCGGACAAAGGAGGCUCAGUGUCUGUGUGAGCCAGGCUUCCUGUCGGUGGACGGCCUGCCCUGUCAGAGUCUGUGCGUCCUUCAGCCGGACUACUGCCAAGGAGGGGAGUGUCAUAUAGUUCCCGGACACGGAGCCCUGUGCAGAUACAAAGACAGCUUCUCCCUCCCGGCCCUCGCCAGUUAGGAACACACAUCGGAUUGGACGCCACCUGAGAAUACCACCAAAGACUCGAUGAAACUGGACUCAGCAGCAGGAACUCAUCAGUGCUGAGCUGAAGAGACAAACUGGUACAAACUCUUCAGAGCGGUGAGCUUCUUAUGGAAGGACAGUCCGCCUUCAGGGGAAACAGACGUUCACUUUGAAAUCUGUCGGUCAGCCGCUGACGAACAGGAGCCGAGCGGACGACUCUGCAGAUCGAUCGGGCCGAUGCUGACCGACCGGGACUGUUUUUGUACUCUGCUGACUGUUUGUGUAGUGAAUAGGUUGAAAAUACACCUCGUGGACAUACGGACACAGAAAGGAACCUCUCAACACCGAAGACCCUCCUCUCCCAGCAUUUAGCCCUCAUAUAAACCGGGUUUCAGGAUCACUCUGGAUAAGCUGCAGUAC